CCGGCGUUUCCUGUUUGCGGCAGAAACCUUACGCGUGGCUCUGGCGUCCGAGUCUGAACGCAGACCACCGGUUUUUGCGGCUUCAGCAGAUCAGGAACGUUUUGGUUUAACAUGGAAGGCUAUAUAUUAGACAUUCAAGAUCUCCAAUCUCAUCACAGCUUCUGCAAUUACUCCUUCCAUACUGUCAAUAUCUAUCGGCGUUCCCCUCAUUCAAUCAAAUCUAACGUACCAAUCAGCGCACGGCUAGUAAUUUUUCCGUUCCAAUCUCACACGUGAAAGGCUAUCUAAAGCUCAAUACAACUUCCUCGUUGACUUUCGGAGUCCAAUUUCAACAACUUCUCAAUGGCGACUAACGCCUGGCUGCACGCAGCUCGCCAGCUGCUGCCUCUAGCUCUCCUCGUGCUCCUCGCCGUCACCAGCGCCAGCGCAGCACGGCCCAUGCUGCAGGCGUCGUCCUCCGCCGCAGCAGCCGGCGUCACCGACGAUACGCUCGGCUCCGCAUCUGGAUCGACCUUGGGAUCUCCCCACAGGGUGGAGCGGAAGCUGUUCAGCUGGGACGGGGUGACCGCGGAUCAGGUCAUUUCGGGGAGCCUGGGCACAAUCGACGGGCCGGAGGACGGCGAGGUGACUCAGAAGCUGGUGGAGAUUUUCAUGGGCGCGGGGUACAACGUGAUGGUGAUCAAGAGCGAGCACCGCGUGGAAGGCGGCCCGGAUUCCGCCAAGGUCGAGGUGUGGCACUUUUGGGAUAACUCCGAAUUUACGGUGUACUACAAGAAGGGACCCUUCGAGGUUGCGAAUACUGGAGAUGGUGGGUUUGAGAACUGGGCUUUCGGAGGGGUCUUUGACAGGGUUGGGGCUGAUGACGAGGUGGUGGUGUUCUAUGAUUGGUAGUUGUAAUUCAGACGGUCCUUAGCAUGGUGAGUGGUGAAGGCGUUGAAUUAUACUUCACAGAUACUUAGAAUGCGUCCAUGAUGACCUGGGUGUUUUGAUGUUGGUCCUAGCCCACUGAUAUUUUAUUAUACUAGCCUG